GACUUUGGAUAUUUGCCCCACCCCGCGCGGAGAUUUGAAAACCGCUUUGUGAAAGAAGAAGACGAGUCGAGAGGCAGAGGAAGAAAAACAUUAUCAGUCAUGGCUCCCAGGAAGAGAACCACCAAACAACGGAAAAACAAUCCCAAGACGGCCAAGCUGGAGGCUUUUCUGGAGGAUUUCGACAUCGAAGUAAAGACUAGAGUCGAACAACUGAAAGAGAAGAUGAACCAGCUGCUGAAAGAUGUGGACAACAGCUACAACAUGGCACUGAUUAAGCUCCCCAAGGCAGUCAGGCAAAUGAACUGGUUGGAAUAUUGCAAGUCUGAGAAACCAAAGUCACCCCAGGUGGAUCAUACAAAGAGAGAAGAGGAAGCGGCGAUAGUUGAGAGCGUUGUGGCUGAGGAUCACGCCGUCCUUCUAAAAUCAGUCAAGAAAACGUCAAAGAAAAAGGCCGGAGGCAAAUCCAGUUCAGAGGAUGAAAACACUCCGAGCGCAGUGAGGAAGGGUAAAGCAACAAGGAAGCCUCCAACUACCUCAAAAAGAGCAAAAGCACUGUCCGUCAGCAAGCAAAACACCUCCAUCAGAAAAUCGACCAGGAAGCCCAUGAUCACUCCUGCCAGGAACCUGCUGGAUUCUUCUCUGCUGAUGGGCUCCACUCCCCUCGUCACCCCACGCUUUGACCCAAGGCUUCCUAAAACCCCUGCCGUGAGAAUUCCCCGCCACAAAGAAAGGGUCUACAGCAUCUCCGUCAACGGCUCUCCCAUUGCAGCGGGCAACGAGGACAUCGUCAUCAACGUCCCCAUCGGCAACGGAGAGAGUAUUCAGCUGCUGGCCAGUCAGAUGGACUCAGUGGAUCUGUCUCUACUGGAUGAAACCGCCCUGAAGAGCAUUCGGCAGUUGCAGAAUCGCCUCACGACGCUGUGUGGAACAUCAGAGUGAUUUAACAAUCUGCUGUUCACUUGUACAAUACUUAUGAGAAAUUUUAUCUUUAUUUCAAAGCUUUUCUUCUGUGGGAUGGUGUGAUAUUUUUUUUACUGAUAGUGUUCGAUUUUAAAAGAUAUACACAGAAAACAGUGUUUUGCCAGUAUUUUUGUUUUACUGAGCACGGUUUUCUUUAGACCAACAUAUUAACUGGAAUCCAACCAGUUAAUGAAAGCUGUCCAAUGUAUAAAUGGUGGUUAAAACUGUACUGUAUUUUACUAUUUACCACUUUUACUCAUUUAUUUUUGUAAGAUUGUCUCGUUACAGGCCUUACUUCACCUUUUUAUCUUCAUCUUCUUCUGUUGUUAGUGUUAGAUUUAGUUUGCGGGGGCAUUCUGCCCAAUGUCUGUCUCAUUUGAUUGCUUUUCCUGUCUUUUGUCCCUGUUGACCACACACACAUGUAAAGUUGCAUUGAUUAAUGCAUUUACAUUCUUCAUGUAUAUAGCUCAACCAUUAUGUCUGCAAAACUGAUAAAGGACUUUGACACCA